AAACAGCGCUGAGGUGCGCAAUCAGGCCAGUAAUUUCAUUGCAGAGACAGAUUUCAAGCGAGAUGUUCAAAGUGUGCCAUAAUUUAAAUAAUUUGUGAAGCUGCACGACCAGGAGACAAUUGCAUUUUUUCUUUUCUCCAUGUUCUCUGCGCGAUAAAGUAGACGACAUUACUCACACGUCGCGGCGCAAACUGUUCUCUAGCAAAUCUUCCAUCAGUGAAAAAUUUGUGGAGGAAAAACCCGACACCAGCAAUAAGGAUGAAUUCGAUACGACAGGUGCCAUCACGGAUGAAGAGUAAGAUGUGGGAAACUACUUUAGGCGAAGAAAGGGACCGUUUUGAAAGACAGCAGCUCAGCAGCAUCAAUAAAGCCAUUAACUCCUCUGAGACACCGGUGAAGGAGAAACAUGCUCGCAGGAUUAUCCUGGGAACUCAUCGAGAAAAGGGGGCGCAUACUUUUUGGUCCUAUGCUAUUGGACUGCCCUUGUCCAGUAAUCCCAUUGUUAGCUGGAAGUUUUGUCAUGUUUUACAUAAAGUUCUCCGUGAUGGCCACCAAAACACACUACAAGACUGUAUGAGACAUUAUAGUCGUAUUGCAGAGACUGGAACACUAUGGGCAAACAUCAGAGAUAAAUAUGCAUAUGGGCAGCUUGUUUCUCUAUAUACCAAGGUCAUCUGCUGUAAAUUGACGUUCCAUACUACACAUCCUGAAAUCCGAGCCAACCUAGAAGCCACAGAUGAAGUGCUGGAGCGUACAGCAGGAACAGACAUCAACAACGUUUUCCAGCUAACUGUUGAGGUGUUUGAUUACAUGGAUACAGAGCUUCGUCUUGCUGAGGCGGUCCUACGACAGCUCAAUACCUCCAUUGCCAUCUCAACAUUGACAACAGGACAGUGUAAACUAGCACCCCUUAUACAGGUCAUCCAGGAUUGUAGUCACUUGUAUCACUACACUGUCAAGCUGCUAUUCAAGUUACAUGCCUGUUUACCUGCUGAUACACUUCAGGGCCAUCGUGAACGCUUCCAUGAUCAGUUCCACAGCCUGAAGACUUUUUUUAAUAAAGCUAGAGACAUGAUGUACUUCAAAAGGCUUAUCCAGAUCCCACGGCUACCUGAUUCCCCUCCAAACUUUCUUCGGGCCUCUGCCCUAGCUGAGCAUGUAAAGCCCAUGGUUAUUAUCCCAGAUCAAGAGGAGCCUGAGGAAGAUGAUGAGCCUGAACCACUAAUAGAUGUCAGUGAAGCUUCUCCAGUUAGCAUGGCUUCCCAACCACAGGUUGACAUAUUUGAUCAGACCUUUGGGCCAGCAAAUAAUGGUUUUGCUGACAGGGACCUCCAAAUUGAGAGCUUGAAACAUGAAAUUGAAAUACUUCGAGCUGAAGUUGAGAAGAUCAAAGCUGAGGCUCAACGAUAUAUCACUCAACUGAAAUCUCAGAUCAACAGUCUUGAGGCAGAGCUGGAGGAGCAGAGAGUGCAAAAACAGCGUGCUCUUGUAGAGAAUGAACAACUGCGCAUGCAACUGGAGGCCACUCAACGAUGUGGUGCUGAAUAUGAAACAAUGAAAGCUACUUUUUUUGAAGCUGACAAGAAAGCUCAAGCUACAGAGCUCCGUUAUAACAAGCUAAAGGAGAAACAUGCUGAGUUGGUAGCCAACCAUGCAGAGCUACUCAGAAAGAGUGCAGAUACAGUGAAGAUGUUAUCAGCCACUCAAUUGACCCAGGAGGAGGUGGCAAGAACUAAACAACAGUUAUCUUUUGAAGUGGAGAGGAUCAAGCAGGAGUCUGAAAUGAAGCUGGAGGAGCAAAAGUUUGAAAUGGAUAAAUUGAGACGAGAAUUAGAAGAAAAGAUUGGAGAAAUACAACAAAUUAAAGGGAUAUUAAAGACUUGUGAAAAGGGCAGUGAACAGCUGAACAACUCCAUAAUGUCCAUGCAAGCAGAAAAGGAGCGUUUGAUGCGGUGUGUUAGUGAGAAGGAGGCUGAGCUAUCCUAUUUGAAGCAGGCAGCCCAGCUAAAGGAGUCAUCUGUCCUGCAAGAGAAGGAGAGAAGAAGCAAGGAGCUGGGAGAACUUCAAGAAAAACUGAAAGAGAAGCUUGGCCGUGAGGAGCUGUUGCAGCAGAAGUUGUUGGAUGAGCAGUUUGCCUUGUUGCAGGGUACAGUAACUGAGGCAGAAAUCAUCAUUCAGGAUGCUGUGGCCAAAGUGGAUGAUCCUUUGCAUAUACGCUGCACCAGCUCCCCAGAUUACCUUGUAAACCGUGCAGACGCCGCACUGGGCUCAGUUAAUAAAUUGCAGGUUGGCCACUCCAACUAUGUGAAGAAUAUGGAGGAUGCUGGGCCUUUGUUGAGGGCCCUGACUCAGUUCUCUCAUCUUACUGCUGACACUAUUAUCAAUGGGAGUGCAACAGCACACAUGGCACCUACAGAUCUUGCCGAUCGAUUAAUGGACAAUUGCAGAGCAUGUGCCACACAAAGCUUAAGCUUUCUACAGGACCUAAAGUCCAAAGUUUCCAUAAAAAGAGCUGAUCCAGCAUCUGUUCGUAUUGUUAUUCAGAAGAUCCUGCAAAUGGCACAGGACCUCAGGCCUAAAGGCGUAGAUGUUGGAAGGGAGGAGCUGGGAGACAUGGUAGAUAAAGAAAUGGCUGCCACUUCUGCUGCUAUAGAGGAAGCUGUAAGGAGAAUAGAUGAGAUGAUGAAUCAGGCCAGAAGAGACACUGAAGGAGUCAAGCUGGAAGUAAAUGAGAGAAUACUGAAUAGCUGUACUGACCUUAUGAAGGCCAUCCGUCUCUUGGUGUUGGCAUCCACAGAUCUGCAGAAAGAGAUUGUAGAAGGUGGAAGGGGUGCAGCAACAGUAAAGGAGUUUUAUGCCAGAAACUCUCGCUGGACUGAGGGUCUCAUAUCUGCUGCCAAGGCAGUAGGUUGGGGGGCAACACAAAUGGUUGAUUCUGCUGAUAAGGUGGUGUUGCACACGGGCAAGUAUGAAGAGCUUAUUGUCUGUUCUCAUGAAAUUGCGGCCAGCACAGCACAACUUGUUGCAGCAUCCAAGGUAAAAGCAGACCGUGGCAGUAAAAGAUUGGUGAGUCUUCAGCAAGCCUCUCGCCAUGUGAAUGAGAUGGCUGCUAAUGUGGUAGCAUCUACUAAGACAGGUCUGGAACAGAUGGAAGAAAAAGAUACUAUGGACUUUUCUGGGAUGUCUCUGAUCAAGUUGAGGAAGGAGGAAAUGGAGUCUCAGGUGAAGGUCCUUGAGCUGGAGAGCAUGCUUGAAAAUGAGCGUCUACGACUUGGAGAGCUGCGUAAAAAGCACUAUGAGAUAGCAGGCGUUAAUUUGGAACAGUUAGACCAAGAUGACAAUGCUCUCUCUCCAGCAAUCCCCUCCUCCCCCAAAGCCCCCAAACCAACAUUAAUGAAGAAACCAGCCCUUGCACAGAAACCAAACAUUCCUACAAAAAAUAUGUUCAGGUAAAAAUCCCCUUGGAUGAAGAUCAUCAAUUUUUUUUUACCUGCUGGACAACCUUCUGUGUAACAGGGUUUUCCCCCUCUUGUUCUUUUAUGUUUUAACAAAUUAAAAAUGGUAUUUGUUUGUUAAAUGCUGACAUUUUUUAAUCUAAGUUAUAUGGUACUGAUCUAAUCAUGUAGAUAUUCAGGCAUUAAAAACAAUCAAAGAGUCUUAUCUGAAACAAAAUCAUUCUGGUUUUAAGUCAAAGAUGUUAUAACAAGACAUAGUGGAUGCAGAAGUUGCUGACGUAUGGGCCUGUUAUAAGAAAAGAAAAAAUUGGUACUACAAAAAAUUCCUUAAAAUUUUUCUUCUUUUUCCAUUUGUAUUUUCUGUUUAAUGUUUGUAUGUUUUGUUUUUUUCUGAUGAUUAUUUGUGGUUGGUGUUUCUAGGGUUGACAGUUUAUAUUUUCUCACGUCAUAUUACUUUGUCUUAUUCAUAAUAUUUGAAUUGAAUCUACGUUAUUGGACUGAAAAAGCUUAACCUAAUAAACUGACAGCUAAUGAAUUAUUUGAAAUUAUUAUUUAAAAUAAUUAUUUAUUAUUUUAAAUGAGAUAAUCUUGAUUAUUUUAUUAUUUACAGCCCAUGUCAACUCAUUUUCAUAAUACACACACACACACACACACAUUCAGCACUCCCUUGAAAACAAGUUACCAGAAUGGUUGCAUCAGAAUUUAUUUCUUAUAAAUAUAUUUUGUAAUACUCAUUAUUUGCACAAGAGUACAAUGAAAAAAUUCAAGGCAAUUUCUGACAGUGUUGUUUAUAAUAUAAAAUGUUUGUAAAAAGUUAUAGACUGAAAAUCCAGAAACAGUUAAUAAGCCACCCCAUAAUAUUAGAAAGUUCUCAUUGUGUUACCCUGUUUAUAAGUCGCUUUUUAAACAAACUGCAGUCUUAACUGAUUUUACUACUUAGUAUGUCACUGCUAGUGUAGGGUGAAUUCAGAUAUAUUAAACAUUUAGCAUUUUUGCCAUACAUUGGUUUGACAGUGGCUUUAAGUAUCAAGGUUUUUAAUACCACAAUGAUGAAAGUAUAAAUAGAAUAUCCUAUAAAUCUAUCUGUUAUAAAGCAAAUUUAUGCAAAUAUGGUAAGACUAAUAAAAUGUGUUUCCCUAAUCCUUUCUUUAUACAUGAACUGUCUUUACAUCUAAUUUAUUGAUACACAAGUUUCUUACAUUAUUACUGAAAUUGUUCUGCAGAUUUAACUUGAAUGCAGGAGUAUACAAUUAUCAGGAUGCUGUGUUUUUUAGCUCACAGAUUAAAGAGAUGUACAUAUCAACUGCUGGAGUAACUGCUACAUAUGCAAAAUGACCACUGCAAGAAGACAUGUAAAGAUAUUUUAGGUAUUACAUAUUAAAAUGUAACACCAUUUUAAAAAUUGACAAAAAAUUAAAAUAUAUUUUUCUCAAAUGUUGCCUUAAGCUCUAACAUGAAUACAUUUACAUAUUUUAGCUGAAGAACAAAAAUCUGUUGGAUAAAAUAUUUUAUUGGUUUAUUUUGUUUAUCUUUAGUUGUGCGUUUUUUUUUUAUCUCAACUGAUUUUGGUUUAAGUUGCCUGGGUUUUGGUUAAGAAAAAUCGUAUAUUAGAUCAUUUCUGACUGGUGCUAAGGCAACAUUGCCAUGAGCUUUUAAAAAUGAUUUUGCAAAACAUUAUACCAUUAAAGCAACUGUUACAAAACAUUUUUGUACUAUUUUAAAAUUAGAAUGUUAACUUGGUGGUUAAUGUAUAGAAAAACUAUUUACAGAGUAAUGUGUGGAGGUCUUAUCUAGUGUUGUAGAUUCGUUGACAAAAGGUAUCACAAAUAAAAUUUAACCUUUCAUUCCUUUUCAUUUUUGUUUACUUAGCAUUGUUGUAAUACCAAAUCUGUUAAUAUAUUUGAGUUAUUUCUGAUCACCCCAUGUAAUUAACAAAUAAAAGUUGAGUAUAAAUAAAUGUU